AUGCCGCCUCGCGUCAAGCCGAAGGCAGGUCGCAGGAGGGCUGCGGUUCGCUACGGGAAUCGUCAUUCUGUUGACGCUCUCGACAUUAAUAACCGCAAUGGCCGGGCUGAAGGUGUGCAGCAAUCCGACAAAGACGAUGACAUAAGCCCGCCACUUCGCAAACGCCGCAGGAAGUCUGUCAAAGCGCUGUCUGCAAAGUUCACAGAAUGGCUACUUGAGACCGCAGUCGUCAGGAGCGCAAUAGUGGAUGGUGUGACGACGUUUCAGCUACAGUUUAAGGCAGACCUCUACUGUUCAAAGCAUAGUCGCCGCGUGCUCGGCGGCCCACAAUCUGAUUGCGGGUCCAACUCGCCGGCCAAGUGGCACAACUCGAAGCCAGGGCCUAUCGCGGGUGCAUUGACAUCGGGCAAGACCCCUCCGGUUCCCCAGUCGGACGAUGACGUGCAAUCCCUGCUGCUGACAGAAGACGCUGAAUGGGAGGUCGACAAGAUUUUGGAGACCAGGAAGCGAGGAAGAGGCAGCCAAAUACUUGUCAAAUGGGUGGGCUUCGAGAAACCAACCUGGGGACCAUUGCGGAACUUUCUCGGGACGGAAGCGCUAGGCGCCUACAUGGCGGAACAUGAGGACAUCCCAUCACUUAGCGCCUCAGGGGGGCCGGGCGAAGAUCAUGUCGUGCGCUGA